AUGGGUUCCAACGAAGCUCGAAAUUGUCCUCGUCGCCCACGACUACUCCGACACCCGGGCUUGGCAACCUCUCCCAAUGCGGCACACCAACCGGGCAGAGCGAAUGAGAAGGCAGGACAGCUCUGCGCCAUUAACCCCGACAUUCCAGGGAGGGGAACCGUGCAGCAAACCAUCUUGUUUAGCCUCAUCGGACUUUCAAAGGGGGAUUGA